AUGGCCAGUGAGAGUUGCAACCUCUCCCUGGGUACGGACGUGGUUGGUCUGACCUGCAUCUACAGCCUGUCCUUCUCCCUGGGGCUGCCUGCUAACCUGCUGUCCCUGUGGGGACUGUACCAACUGGGGCUCUCUGGCGGGGGGGUGCAGAUGGUCUGCCUGGUGAACCUGCUGCUGUCCGACCUGCUGCAGCUCCUCACCCUGCCACUGUGGAUAAUCUACCUGCGGGGGGCGCACCGCUGGCCCUACGGCCGGGGCUCCUGCGAGUUCGUGGGCUACGUCUUCUACGUCAACCUGUACGCCAGUGUGGCAUUUCUGUGCUUCAUUGCACUGGACCGCUACCUUGCCAUCGUGCAUCCACUGGCCAGCCGCGGGGUCCGGACCACCCGGGCGGCGGUUCUGUCAGGCGCCGUCAUCUGGACCCUGACCUUCCUGUUCUGCCUCAGUGGGCUGUAUCCCUCAGUGUUCGACCCGGAAUCCCAGCACUGCCUUGAGCGAUAUCCUGUCAGCACCAGAUACGCUGGCUUCAAGAUCGGGACCAUCAUACUGGGCUUUCUGCUUCCUUGUGGUGUACUGGGGUAGGUGUAGGUGUGUGUGUGUGUGUGUGCAUGAUCAAAUAAAGAAAAAGGUACUAAAUACAGAUAGGGGUACAGUCUCCUACUGCAUGUGUGUGUGACUGUAAGUGUGUGUAAGUGAAAGUACCUUAAUUUUGAGGGUCACAAGCAAAUUAUCAUUGUUGAGUGUGUGAGCCACACAGAUAUUUUGUUUUCACCCUCUCUCU